AAGAAAGGACAAGAGUGUAAAAAGCCACAUUAGCAAUUCAAAAGGGUGGAAAACCCGCUCUCCAUCUCCGCUUGUAAGCAUAAAGCAUUUGUUCAAUUGAAUUUCUCAGAUCCGAGCCAUUCAACUUUUGUUACUAAUUUCUAUGGGUAAAUUGAACUGUCAGAAUAAGAAAUCCAUCCAAAGCGGUGAUAGAUUGGGAAAAGGUGAAGCUGCUUCAUCUACAGAUGGAGUUAGACAACUCAAAAUUUACGAAGAGGCAGAUAAGAUAGAUAUCCAAAGUCGCUGCAAGGCAAAGUCUGGUGCGCUUAACACGAGUGAUGUAAAGACCAGUCGGAAGAGCUUGAAGAGUGAUAUCAAGAACGUAGAGAAGAUAAAAGAAAAAUGCAGUACUUCUGUUAAGAUAUUUGUCAAAAGAAAAGUACUGACUGAUAUCAGCAAUAUCAGGGGCAACUCUUUGAGAACCAAAUCACAUAAUAGCUCCAAAUUGGUGGAUUCAAAUGGUAAAUGGUCAAGAAUAGCAAAUAAUUCAUCAAGAAAAUCUAUCACGGGAAAUGUGAGGCCAGACUUUAAUGGAGCUGCUGGUGACAAGCAAAUCUUGACACGGGCACCAUUCAAAGAUACGAAUGCCUCCGUUGAUGAACCCAAGACCAAAAUUCAAGGCCGCAAAUCAGUUACCAUUAGAAUCAGGCCAACUGGAAGGAAUGCUCUACCGCCGUCAAGGAGGUCUUUACCGAUACUACAGCAGGUGAACGUCGAGGGUAUGAGCAAUAAAAAGAAGGGAAACUUGAGGCCAGACCUGAAUGGAGCUGCUGGUGAUAAGCAAAUCUUGGCACAGGCACCAUUCCAAGAUAUGAAAGCCCCCUUUGAUGGCACAAAGACCAAAACCCAAGGCCGUAAAUCAGUUACCAUUGGAAUCAGGACGACUGGAAGGAAUGCUCUACCGCCAUCAAGGAGAUCCUUACCAGUACUAGAGCAGGUGAACACCAAGGGUACACACAAUAAAGAGAAGGAUUAUUCCAAAGAGUUGGAGAAAGGCAAAGGAAUAAGUGGUGUUCCUGUUUCAGCAAAGCUUAAGGUGGCAGGGGAUGUUUUACCACAGCUGAGCAACCACAACAACAUCCGGAGAAAUCGAGUUAGUGAUGCCUCAGCAAGAAUGGUUCCCAAGGGUCAUGCUAAGGCAGAAAUUGGAGCAUUGAGAAGAAAAUCAGUCAAGACAGUUCUGAAAACCACUGCUAGCAGUCUCAAUUCACAAACGUCCUCAAAGAUGAACUCCAUGUCAGAUGUGCACAAAUGCACCUCUCAAGUUGCGAUUCCAUGUAAAAGACUGGAGGAUGUUAGUACCUCUUCCCUGUCAAAAUAUGCAACAUCAGAUAUUUCAGCUGAGCAACCUCAUCAAAAGGUAGUUGCUUCUAGUAGUAGUGGCAGCUUAGAUGCACCUGAAUGUUCGAUUGCCAGGAGAAAAUCUGAUCGUAGGAAGUCUUUUACGUGUUUACUGAUGGCAAGAUCAAAGCUUCUGAAGGAGCAGUGUGGAGGUGUAAAGCUGGAAGAUCUGUCACACAUUCACGAUAAUUGCAAUCAUCUAGAUGUUACUGAAUAUGUUGAUGACAUCUACCUGUAUUAUUGGGUUAUAGAGGCUCAGAAUCAGCCUAUCGAAAACUACAUGGAGAUUCAGAAGGAAAUAACACCCCAAAUGCGUGGCAUAUUGAUCAACUGGCUUAUUGAAGUGCAUUUGAAAUUUGAUUUGAUGCAAGAAACUUUAUUUCUCAUGGUUACACUCUUGGACUACUACUUAUCACUAGCAAGGGUCAAGAAGAAUGAUCUGCAGCUAGUUGGCCUUACUUCACUGUUGUUGGCAUCAAAAUAUGAGGACCUUUGGCAUCCGAGGAUCGUGGACUUACUAAGCAUCUCUGGAGAGUCAUAUACCAGAGAUCAAAUGCUGGAAAUGAUAUUUCCAACACACCCCCUCAAGCUGGAGGGUGAAAGAUAUCGAGAACUCCCAGCUUGGACAACAAAAAAUGAUGUUGUGAUGCUCCUAGAGCCUUUGUAAGCAUAUCUGCAAGUUGGAAUUUAGUAGAGAGGUACACUGGCUGCUAAGCGCUUGAAAAGCGCGCUAAGAAAGGUUCCUUCUGUCGCCCUUUCUGUGCAACAGUCCACCAGUAGCGGAAGAGAGGGUUACCGUACAUACAAGAGUCUUCCAGUUCUUACGGAAGCUCUUUCUUACCAGUCAAUCAAGUAGUACACUGUAUCUUAUCUUAUAGCCCGGCGCGGCGGGUCGCCUUUGAAAUGUUAUUCAUCAAGCCAAGCAGGUGGUUUUAUCUUUCUUGCUGGUCUUCUCUGAUCACAGAUAUUAUCCCAACAUAACUGACUUCUUAGCUCUUGCCUGAAACUUAUCACCUUUAGGCAAGUUACUAGCAUAGCAGAGACAACCAAACACUCGCAGAUGAUCAAGUCUUGGUGGUUUGGCAUGAAGUAGUUCAUAAGGGGAUUUACCACUCAAACACCUUUGAAGGUAGCUUAUUUAUCAAGUACACUGCUGUCUUGACAAAAUCACCCCAAAACCUGAUUGGCAUUCCACUCUGAAAUUUUAAAGCUCUUGCUACCUCAAGAAUGUGUUUGUGUUUUCUUUCAUCUAUCCCAUUCUGCUGAGGAGUAUAAGCACAACUACUCGUUGAAUAAUCCCAUUAGAUUUAAAUUAGAUUUAAACAAGUCAAGGCAUUUAGAAUUGAAAAAUUCUGUGCCAUUGUCUGAUCUAAACACUUUAACACAAAUAGCAAACUGAUUCUUUAUUAACAAGAGAAAGUCUUUCAACACAGUAAACACUUCACAUUUGGAAUGAAUGAGACAAAUCCAAGAAUAUCUACUAUGAUCAUCAACCAAGGUCACAAAGUAAUACUUGUUAUCAUAUGUGGGCGUUUUAUAUGGUCCCCAUAGAUCAAGAUGAACUAAGUCAAAACAAGAAUUAGAAAUAGUAGUACUAAUAGGAAAUUUCAGCUUGUGUUGUUUAGCAAAAGGACAAAUCUCACAAUCUCCAUGAAUGCUUGCUGGUACAUCGCCUUUUUGAGAUGAAAUGUGAUUCAUAGCUUCAUCUGAUGGAUGUCCCAAUCUAUAAUGCCACAAUAUACUAUCAACACUUGAUGCAUGAGCUGCCAGUACAUUAGAUUCAACUUCUUCUUACAAAGUGUAUAAUUCAUUCCUUUCCUUACCAAUCCCUAAGACUUUGCCAUUGGAGAGAGCCUGAAAGAUGCAAAAAUCAGUGAAAAAAGGUACAGCACAAGAUAGCUCCUUGGUCAACUUGGAAACUGAGAACAAGCUGAAUUUAAAAUCUGGAACAUGGAGUACAUUUGUUAUUUCAUGUUCUCUUAAAACAAAUGUUUUUCCCGCACCAAGAAUUUCUGAUUUAUCACCUGUAGGGACCUGUACUUGACUAUUAGGUCCAUUCCCCUUUAAAUCUUUCAAAGAUUUGAGUAAUUCCUUAUAUGUAGUAAUAUGAUAUGAGGCACCUAUGUCAAUUCUCCACUCAAAACCAAUGGUUUUAGACAACAAAGAGUGAAUACCUGCCAUAUUAGACACACAAUCAGCUUCAUUUGCUUUGGUCAUCAUGUGUUUCAUCUGCUCAAAUUGUUCAUUCGAGAAAAAAUACCCCUGACUUUUAGAGGAUGAAGCUUCCCCUGCUGUUGCAGUAGCGUGUCGUGGGGUUUGAAGGCUGGUGUUGAAGUAGACUGAGCAGACUUAUUAGGAAAUUGUCGAGCACUGGUUGACUGUCCACCAUAAGAGGGGUUAUGCAUAGGAGCCCUAGUAUGCUCAUAUCCAUUUUUAUACCCUUGAUCACCUGGAGGUUUAAAGUUGGAACCAAUUUUCUUCUUACUUUUGAAGUCUGGUGGAUAGCCUACUACUCUAUAACAAUCAGCAACAUUGUGAUUUCUAUAUCCACAUAUUUCACAAAACAUCUCAGAGGUCUUAUGUGAUGGUCUUUGUGCCCUUACUACGAGCAAAGUUAAUGGUUCCUUGUUGCUAUCAGUGACUCCUCCUGAGUCACAGUAGCAUAAGCUUCAUUUACAGUAACUAUAGGAGUUUAGAGAGUAUACUACUCUUGAUCUGACUAUAACUUUCAUUCAGUCCCAUAAGGAACUGGAGAAGCCUUUGAGAUCUGAGAUGCUAUAGGUAUUGUCGCGAUUCAGCACAAUCACAAUGAGGUAAAGGAACCAUAACAUCAAGUUCAUCCCAGAAAUCUUUCAUCUUAGAGUAGUAAGUAGUAACGGAAUCCAUACCUUGUUUCAAUGUCGCAAUCUCAGUCCAGAGGUGAUAAAUUCGAGUCAAGUUUGAUCUAUCAAAUCUCUCUUUGAAAUCAAUCCAUACCUUCUUUGCAUUUGACGCAAACACAAUACUUGGCAUCAACUCCUUUGCCACUGUACUACCAAUCCAAGAGAGCGCUAUUGCAUUGCAUUUUUCCCAAAGUUCUGCCAAUUCACCUCUGUAUUGAGAUUUGAGACAUGAACCAUCUACAAAACCUAAUUUCCCUUUGCCUCAAAGUGCCAAAGUCAUAGAUCUGCUCCACAGCGCAUAAUUUGUAAGACUCGUGAGCUUGAUAGGAAUUAGUACAAUACCUGGAGUAUCGAAAGCUUGAAGAUACAAGGGAUGAUGGUGGUCAAUCGUAACUGCUGUAGUUCCUGAUGAGGAUACACUAGCACUGGAGUCCGCCAUGGAAAACCAAAGUCAAGCUUCAAAGUUGUCGAAAUGAGGCUAGGAUGAAGAUCGCUGCUCUGAUACCAUGUCACAAAUACAAAAUACUAGCUAAUUACAGUAAGAAUAUCAAAGAACUAAGCAACUGGUAGCAUUCAUUUAGAGAGAGAUUUUUUUUAUUUUUUUUUUUAGAGAGAAUAGUUGCAAUUCUCAUUGAUUCAUAUUUUGUUAGCUUACAAUGAAAGCAAAUGGGAGUAUUUAUAGACUCCAAGUCUCAACUCACUAUCACUCAACAUGUGCACAACAUGUGUUUGUUAUAACUAACUCUAACCAACCCCUCAUUCCUUUUAGCUUUAUUUUCUUUGGCUAGAUAUUUCCAACAC